CCAACCCCGAUACAGGCGGUUUAUUAGUUAGUCGGCGUGUGAGCUACAUAUCAAUAGAACAUUCCUACAGUUUUACCUGUUACUGGCACGAAACGUACGCACAAACUGUAAAUAUUAUUUCAGAAAUUAAAAUUCACAUAAAUAUUAACAGUGCGACUAUAAAUUUUAGAACAAGAUAAAUAAAAUGGCAUUUAUUUUAGACGGAACAGCUUUCUAUCGAUUAAAAUAAUGUUUGAAAUUGAUAAAGUGUGUUGUGAAAUCGACUAAAUUUAAGUGGUGUGCAAAUUAUAAACAAAGUUUUAAAAUUGGAAUAUAACAGGUACUAAAAAAAAUAUUUAUUUUGUGAUGGAAACUUGUAUCGUGUGUUGGAGUAUAAACCUGAAAAACACAACAAUAAAGUUGCGAGUAUAGACCAACUUCAGAUGACAUAAAGCCGGACCAAUGAGCUGGUGCGAGGCGAGGGGGCGGGGCCUCACGAUGCGCGGUGAAUGAUGCCCCGGCGCAAGCGCAGGCUCGCGUCACGCAUCCGCGACUACGUGCGCGGUCUACUCGCCUUCCUCUUUAGCAAUGUUGGCGUCAUCGUGCUGGUGGUUGCUUAUACGAUUGCUGGUGCAUUCAUGUUUCAAGCGAUAGAAGGUGGUAGUGAGUGGAAGGUGGAUAAGCAGAUGUCACGAGAGCGCACCAACCUCACGGAGUACCUGUGGCAGAACGUCACCCUGGACCUAAACCUCUUCAACGAGACUGCGGUCAAGGAAAGGAUUGGUAGAGAGUUGCGCAACUAUCAGACUAAGAUAGUGAUGGCUGUCCACAAGGGCUGGGACGGCGGGAGAUCCUCAAGGCAGUGGAGUUUCUCUUCAGCAUUCUUGUAUUCACUUACUGUCAUCACUACUAUCGGGUAUGGGCACCUGUCUCCGAAGACUGACUGGGGGAAGGUGGUCACCAUCCUGUACGCACUGCUCGGGAUGCCACUGUUUCUGCUCUACCUUACCAAUGUUGGCGAGCUGUUGGCGCGUUGGUUCAAGUGUAUCUACGCGCUGGUCUGCCUCUGCAGGGGCUGUCCAGGAUUCACCAGAAGAAGAGCCGCCAGGUUACGACUUCAGUAUGAGUUAAGUGAAGCGGAGAGUAUAGAGCGUCCGCAAGCAUGGAGGUCGCGGUACCCAGAGUCUGAUGUUACACCAGACUAUGUUGUCCCUCCAGGGAGGUAUCCACCUCCUCGAGGAUAUCCUAGAAGACCAGACUACAUGCGCAGUAUAUCAAUGCCGCAGCCAUACGACCCGCGAGUCACCCGCGUGGUCCCACGGCGUGGGUGCUCCGAGCCCGUGCGACCCGCCGAGAGCCCCCCAUCCAGUGACUUCAGCUACGUUACAUUUGAUGCACAGACCAUCACCGUGCCUAUCAGUGUCUGUGUGUCUAUCAUGGUUGGGUACAUCAUGUUCGGGUCAAUGAUCUUCGGCAUGUGGGAGAAGUGGGAUCAGCUGGACGGAGCCUACUUCUGCUUCAUAUCACUAAGCAGCAUCGGGUUCGGAGACUUCGUCCCUGGCGAGCGUGUGUACACGGCGCGUAUCGAGCCCUCCUUCAUCGUCUGCUCACUGUACCUCAUGCUGGGCAUGGCGCUCGUGGCCAUGUGCUUCAACCUCAUGCAGGAACAAGUGAUGCACUACUACGCGGGUCUCAAGCGAGCAGUGAAGCGCCUUGGUCGCUGCAAGAGAUGACAAAGCCUUGUAAAUAUUGUACAUAGACGACAGAAUAUUAUACCGUAUGUUACACUUAAUAAAGACUUAUUUCCU